AUGUGGUUGUUCCUGACUUCUUCUAUGGAGAUCCUUAAGUUCCUGGCUAAGGGAUUCGAAGAUGUCAAGCCUGUCAUCGAGAGCCUGAAAAGUAAAGGCGUCACUGCAAUUGGAGCUAUUGGUUUUUGCUGGGGUGAGGUGAAGAUCCCCUUGGCAAUACUAGGAGCUGAGAUUGACCAGAUGUCUCCGCCAGCUCUCCUCAAACCGUUCGAAGCGAUCCUUGCUGCUAAGCCUGGGGUCGACGCGUUUGUGAAGAUUUUCCCUGGAGUUUCUAAUGGAUGGACUGUGAGGUACAACAUUGAAGAUGAAGCUGCGGUGAAGGCUGUUGAGGAGGAUCAAAAUGAUGCAUUGGAGUGGUUUGCUAAGUUUGUUAAGUGACUGCAGAAAGAACCCCUCAUGACGGGCGGAUACCACUACUAUCUAUUGCUAUCACAAGUAUUGUGGGUUAUACUCAGAACCACAUUGUUCUUGUUUGCUCCUCCUUUGUAUGAACUUGGAUUGUAUUGAGAUGGUCUCCUGUUUGUUUGGUUUUUGUGAUGAUACAUCUCUAAUAGGUAGAUUUGCCCUUCCAGUUACUUUGCAUAUGAAAUAAAUG